GAAUAGGGCGAGAGAAAUUCAAAGGGAAAGGGAAAGGAAAAGGAACAAGGAAUGGCAUAUGGGAGGCGGUGAGCAUCAUGGGAUGUGUCGGCUGCUAGUAUCGUGAUGGCAGACAUACUCCGUAGCUGUGCAGCUUGUUCAUGGUAAUAAAAGCCCCUUUGACCCGCGUCCCCUGCUUUUGCAAGAUUUCCCCUCGAUUCCGGUCUUUCUUUGUUUUGUGUAUUGCUCCCGUUCUGGAUUGCCCAACUUCGCCAGCAUUGCUAUUGUUAUUAUCGUUGUAUAGCCGCCGCCGCCGCAAUUCACUCGACCAGGGUGGCCCACAAAGAGACCGCACGCCCCUGUUCUUCUCCUUGCAGCUCCUCGACAAUCUCCUUUCCUGUCCUCCACCAGCUCCUCUCCCAAACAAUCCCCAAGGAAUAAUCCGGUGGUUUCGGCUUGUCGCCUAAUAAUCUCCCUCGACAAACUAUCGUCUCCGUCACCUGCGCAAACCGUUUGUCACGAGAACGUCUGACUGCACUUGGCUGCACCGCACCGCACCGCAUCGCACCACA